AUGAUCGCGGUCCGCGCGAUCGGCGCCCCGAGCGCGAGCUCGACGCUCAGGUCCGCGACCAAGCAAGUCGACGCCCGCGGCGUCCCGGCCCUAGUUCCGCGCCACCGCCGGUCAGCGCGUUGCGCUGCGCUCCCAGGCACCGAGCAGCUCGCCGCGCAGGCCGACAGGCUCGUCGGCGCGGGGCUACUGAUGCUGGCGGACGUGCAGGCUGCAGCGCCAGCGGCCGGGGCGGCGGCGGAGGAGGUGAAGAAGGACAACGGCGCGUUCGGGUUCCUGGCGGACUUCUUGGAGGCGGCGCUGCGCGUGAUCGAGGGCGGUCUCGACAAGGUUGGCGUGCCGUACGCGUACGGGUUUUCCAUCAUCAUCCUUACAUGCCUCGUGAAGCUCGCCACGUGGCCGCUCACGCAGCAGCAGGUCGAGUCCACCCUCUCGAUGCAAGCCCUCCAGCCGCGCGUGAAGGACCUCCAGGAGCGCUACAAGGGCGACCAGGAGCAGCUCCAGAUGGAAACCGCCCGCCUCUACCGCGAGGCCGGCGUCAACCCGCUCGCCGGCUGCCUCCCGACCCUCGCGACGCUCCCAGUGUGGAUCGGGCUCUACCGCGGCCUCUCCAACGCCGCGGAGGAGGGCCUCCUGAAGGAGGGCUUCUUCUUUAUUCCCUCGCUCGGCGGACCGACGUCCAUCGAGAUGCGCGACGGCGGGUCCGGGCUGUCGUGGCUCUUCCCGUUCGUUGACGGGCAGCCGCCGGUCGGCUGGCACGACGCCGGGGCCUACCUCAUCCUGCCGAUCCUGCUCGUGGUGUCGCAAGUGGUGUCGAUGCGCAUGAUGCAGCCGGCGACGCAGAGCGACGACCCCGCGGCGCAGCAGACGCAGGCGAUCCUGAAGUUCCUGCCGUUCAUGCUCGGGUGGUUCUCGCUCAACGUCCCCUCGGGCCUGACGCUGUACUGGUUUACAAACAACAUCCUGACCACGGCGCAGCAGCAGUUCCUGCGCGCGACGCUCGGGGACAAGAUCGAGGCGCAGAUCCCGCAGCCCGUGCUCGGGUCGACGACCAUCGUCAAGGACCGCGCCGAGGAGGAGGAGGCCAAAGCAAAGAAGCCGACUGGCGCGGAGAUGGGCGCGCGCAAGAAGAAGAAGACCGCGGCGGACUCGGACGACGACGCGGGCGGCUCCGCGGCGCCGCGGCGUAAGAAGGACAAGCGCGGCGAGAAGUUCAGGGCGCUGAAGGCGAAGGAGGCGGCGCAGAAGGCGGCGACCGUGGCGUCGACGACGUCCUCGGAGGGCAGCACGAAGGAGGAGUCCAGCUGA